CUGGUGGCAGGACUUAAAACUACAGCGAUUUUAAUUCAGGGAGAAGCAAGGAUAUAGUCAAGAUGUGUCAAGAGAGACAGUAUUUUGGUUUUUUUUUUUAAUUCCUAGCCGUGACACAGGGCUAGGACAGGCGUGCCCUGCAGAGCACUAGCAGAGCAAGCGCCACCGGGGGCUUGGCAGAUACCACAGCUGAGUCGGGAGGUAUGGUAGGAGCCUGUGGAGGGCAGCGCUGUCUUGCUGGGGAUGGUGCAUCGAAUAGCUCAGAGAUGCCAACUGCUAAGAAGAGCUCUCUCUGAUAAAACCUGAGCGUGUGCAAGAGAGGAGCAAGAAUGCCUCACACCAGGGACUGCUCUGAGCCGAGCAGCGCAGGGGACCGAGCUUCCUACGAGACGCCAGCGCUAGCAGACCUCCAGCGGCUCUUCUGGUUCAGAGGAGGGUCUGAUAAUCACGUGGACCAAGUCUGGCCAAAUAUUUACCUGGGAGAUGCGUGGGCUGCUAGGAAUAAAACUACUCUUCAAAGCCUCAACAUUACUCAUAUCCUUAAUGCAGCAGAUGGGCCAUACAGCAUCAAUACAGGAGCCAAAUAUUACAGCGAUCUGCAAAUAGAGUACUACGGAAUAGAAGCAUUUGAUGAUCCUUCCUUUGAUUUAAGUAUUUUCUUCUAUGAUGCAGCCAAUUUCAUAGGCAAAGCCUUGAACACUUCAGGAGGUAAAGUGUUCGUUCAUUGUGCCAUGGGGAUAAGCCGCUCUGCAUCUUUAGUGCUUGCCUUUUUAAUGAUCCAUGAAAAUAUGACACUUGUGGAUGCUCUGAAAACAGUGAGUUCUCACAGAGACAUCUGCCCGAACUCAGGGUUCCUCAGCCAGCUCCGAGACUUGGACGUUAAAUUAAAUGAAGAGAGGAAAGGAAGCAGAGAAUCUGCUAGCAAGGCAUCAUAAGAGUGUUGCUAAAAGAGAGAGGACAAAAUGUUAUCUGAGUUUCCUGUAGCUCUCUUAAAUGAAUUACAUUUGCAAACUAAGGCUGUAAGUUUAAGAUACACUGGACUACAUGUUACUACUAAAAGUACAUUUUACCUGA